UCACGUGGUUCUUAUUUAUUCAAGGGCAAGAGCUGCGACUCUGCGCGUUUUACCUCCCGACUUCUCAAGAGUUUUGACUUAGUUUCCCACCCCCAAGAUGAUCGUUCCUGUGGUGGAUUUUAGCGCCUACAACCUGAGCAAGAGAGAUGCCGACGGCGAGGAGCUGCAGGGUCUGAGCGAGGAGCUGAAAGCCGCAUUUUCUCAAGUUGGUUUCGUCUUUCUUAAAAACUCUGGGAUUUCGCAAGAGGAGGUGGAGCGCGCCAUGGAGUCAUCGAAGAGGUUUUUCCUGCAGCCGGAAGAGCUGAAGAAGCGAUUCAGCAGGAAGAGCUUCCCAAACAACCCCAACCACGGCUGGGUGUCCAUGGAAACCGAGAGGUUGAAUCCCAGCCAGCCUGGAGACCUAAAGGAGGCAUUUAACGUGGCAUCAUUUCACCCCGACAUAAAAUGGCCGUCAUCAGACGCCGUGAGGGAUUUCCGAGAGAUCCACACAGCGUUCUUCCAGCGCUGCCAAGAGCUGAGUCUGCGGGUGCUGAGGGUGAUGGCCCAGAGCCUGAGUCUGGACCCGGCCGUAUUCCUAAAUGCGCAUCAAUUCAUAGGAACCGAUGAGAACGGCACAACGCUACGUUCUCUCUACUACCCUCCACUGAAGAUUGAGACGGUGAAGGAAGGUCAGCUGCGAUGUGGGGAACAUUCCGACUAUGGAAGCAUCACUCUGCUUUUCCAGGGCUCUGAGGGUCUGCAGGUUUGCACGCGCGCAGGUGAAUUCAUCUCGACUCCUAGUAUCCCUGGAACCGUCCUGGUCAACGUCGCUGACCUGAUGCAGCGCUGGACGAGUGAUCAGCUCCUCUCUGUGCGUCACCGGGUUUUGCUGCCCCCUGUUGGAGACUCCAGCACUCGCCAGUCUUUGGCUUACUUCGUCCAGCCGGACAACGAGGCCCUGAUCACCUGCUGCGACGGCUCAAACAAAUAUCCUCCCGUCACCGGAGGCGACUACCUUUUACAGCGCUUCAGCGAGUCAUACGGACAGAACUGAAGGAAAGACGCUUAUCACUCAUUGCACAAAUGGCAAACCUCUCCAUUACGUCAUACACAGAGAUAGUUUCUACAGGUUUCACUACAGACGUUUUAAAAUAAUUAUGAAUGGAACUCAAGAUGUAUUUACAGACAUGUACAAAUUUCGUCCAGCCAACUGGCACUAAAUAAACACUACUUACCCAUGCCAUGAUAUGAUGAGAGAAGCUAAAAAGCUAGCCAGCUAGCAAGCGCACCUCAGCAGCUAGUUAGCGGUAGCCUCAACAGUCUCGAGUCACAGAACGCAAUGAUGUCCGAGUGCGACUCAAACUUUUGCCUGACAGAAAAGUCCCCCAAUGACAAAAAAAAAAAAACAUGGAAUAAAAUAUACUUAAUAUAUGAGAUAGAGAUUAAAUAGUCCUG